AUGAAAGCAAUAUAUUCUGUGUUUUUUUACAUAUCGUUAGCAAUUGCAUUAUGUUCACCCAAUGUUUCCACGUUCUGUGGAAACAAUGAACAGAUCGACGAUUUGCAAACCGCUUUAAUAAUUUAUGAAUCCACUUACGAUGUAAUGUCAACAUUGUCCGCUAUACCGUUAACAAGUGUGGCGUUAACGAUCGUACAAGUAACGUCGGCCGGUCAGUUUGCUAUGCGUUUGAAGGAAGCGUUUGAAGAAAUGGAGAGUUCGUUGAAUAAAGAUCAUAAAGACUACAGAAAAUGUUCAGAAAUAUUGGGAAAAAACAGUAGCAGCAACCACAGCCAUCAAGUCAGCUAG